AAUUAAUUACCUUAAAAAAAUCAAGUUUCGUACAACAAUUUCUAAGUAUAUGUAAAUUACGAAAGGACAGACAGACAACCCCACAAACAAAAAGGUACACGUAAACACAACGAUAUCCAAUUGUACACACAUCUUUCCAGUUUUUUUGUAUCUAUCCAAAUAUAGAAAUGCUCACAUGAAUACAGAUAUAUAAGAUAGAUACAUAUCAGAAAAAAAAAAAAACAAAGGGGCAAAAGCUUCCAUGGAGUCCAGCAAAUGGAUAGCGGCGGUGGCGAGCAUUUGGAUCCAGUGCAGCUGCGGCGCAUCGUACGCCUUCGGAAUCUACUCUCCGGUCCUCAAAUCGAGCCAGGGCUACGACCAAUCGACGCUCGACACGAUCUCCGUCUUCAAAGACAUCGGCGCCAACGCCGGCAUCAUUUCCGGCCUCCUCUACGCCGCCGUCUGCCGCCGACGCCGACGCCACGCGCCGCCGUCCUCGCUGUCGGGGCCGUGGGUGGUCCACGGCGCCGGCGCGGUCCAGUGCUUCGUCGGGUACUUCUUCCUGUGGCUCGCCGUCACGGGAGCCAUUCCCCGGCCGCACGUGGGGGUCACGUGCCUGUUCAUGUUCCUCGCCGCCCACGCGCAGACGUUCUUCAACACGGCCAACGUGGUGACCGCCGUACAGAAUUUCCCCGAUUACAGCGGAACAAUUGUCGGUCUGAUGAAGGGUUUUCUCGGACUUAGUGGCGCAGUACUCAUACAAGUGUACCAAACACUAUUCGCAGGGAAACCGAGCACUUUCUUGCUAAUGCUUGCAUUUGUACCGACUCUUCUUUCCCUUGUCCUUAUGUUUUUCGUGAGGGUCCAUCACGUACAAUCUCGAGGCGACGAAAAGAAGUACCUGAACGGUUUCUCGUUGAUUUCCGUAAUUCUUGCAGCCUAUCUCAUGUUUCUGAUAAUCAUCGGCAACAUCUUCGCUCUAUCUCAAUGGAUUCGUGUCUUGACAUUAGUUGUUCUCCUAGUUCUAUUGUCUUCACCUAUUAAAAUCGCGGUCGAAGCAAAUAAAGAUGACCUGCAAAUUGCACCCUCCACUUUGAAAACCCCUUUAGUCGAAGAAAACUUGUCCGUAGUGGAGAAUAAGGCGGCCGUUCUUGAUGUCGGAUUCGAAGAGAUGAAUCUCUUACAAGCAAUGCGUACGCUAAACUUUUGGCUACUUUUUACAGCCAUGCUAUGCGGGAUGGGUUCGGGGCUGGCCACAAUCAACAACAUAAGCCAAAUCGGGGAAUCGCUCGGCUACACUUCUAGAGAGAGAAGCACGUUGGUUUCCCUAUGGAGCAUAUGGAACUUUCUCGGUCGGUUAGGGGCAGGAUAUAUAUCCGAUAUCUUCAUGCACAAUAAAGGUUGGGGCAGGCCGUUGUUCAUGGUGCUUACGUUAGCAACUAUGACGGGUGGCCACGUCAUCAUUGGGUCGGGUUUUCCCGGGAAUUUGUACGUGGGGUCCGUUUUGGUUGGCAUAUGUUAUGGGUCGCAGUGGUCGUUGAUGCCCACAAUUACUAGUGAAAUAUUCGGCGUGCUGCAUAUGGGGACUAUAUUUAACACCAUUGCUAUAGCUAGUCCUUUGGGUUCGUACUUGCUUUCCGUGAGGGUGAUCGGUUAUAUAUACGAUAAAGAAGGAUCGGGUAUGGGGAAUUCUUGCAGUGGAGCUCAUUGUUUUAUGCUGUCGUUUUUUAUAUUGGCUUGUGUUAGUCUGUUUGGGUUUUUUGUGGCGUUGGUUUUGUUCGUAAAUACGAGGGGAGUCUAUGCUGGGAUUGUACGUAGAAGAAUGUUGUCGUGAGAAGUGUAGCUUGUCUGUAUACUACUAUUGUGUAUGUAAUGAUUGUACAAACUAUGUACAUACAUUUAUGUUAUUACUCCUAGUUUAAUUUGCUGGCUUCAUAUUGAACAAUUGAGUUGCAGAUUAUUGCUUGUGAAGCUUUGAAA